AAGAAAAACUAUGAACAAAAAAGAAGAAAGAGAAGAAAAAACUGUUCUUUUAUCAUCUUCCUCUUCCCAAAACAUCGUCUCUCUCAAUAUCACUACUGAGAAGUAUAACCGAAUCUCAGAAGCAAAAGCAGAAGAAGAAAAUCAGUUGAGAGAAAUAGCAUUUUUUUUUGUACAGAAAGAUGUUGUUUCAAGUAGGAGGACAAGGGACUCGUCCUACUUUCUUUGAAAUGGCUGCUGCACAACAGUUACCUUCUAGUCUUAGAGCUGCUUUAACUUAUUCCCUUGGUGUUUUAGCAUUAAGAAGACCUUUCAUCCACAAAAUUCUAGAUUAUGAGGAUGAGUGCUUCGCUUUGCUUACACUAGUUCUUGAAACACAUAGCUUACGAACUACAGAUGGGUCUUUUGCUGAGUCUUUAUAUGGCCUGCGAAGAAGGGCAGUUAAGAUAAAAGUUAAGGGUGAUAACAAAGGUCCAGAUGCCAGAGAAGAAAUUAAUCACACUGGGUUGGAGAAGCGCCAAAAAGUUCUUUCAGUUGUGUUUCUGGUUAUAUUGCCGUAUCUCAGAUCAAAAUUGCAUUCAAUCUACAAUAAAGAAAGAGAGGCUGCUCUUCAAGCUAGUUUAUGGGGCACUGAGGAUGAGAGAUUUGGUGACGCUGACUAUUUUGAUGGAGGUGGAAACUCCAUAGUUUCAACGAGCAGUUCAGAUACAGAAGAAUCAGUUAGAGAUCGUUUGAGAAAGAAAAUUCGAAAGAUCGUAGCUGCUUGCUACCCAUGGAUACAUGCUGGAAAUGAAGGUUUAUCAUUUGCUUACCAGCUACUGUAUUUGCUGGAUGCUACUGGAUUUUACUCUCUAGGACUACAUGCUCUUGGUAUUCAUGUUUGUCGGGCUACAGGACAGGAGCUGAUGGAUACUUCUUCUAGGAUUUCUAAAAUAAGAAGCCGUGAACGAGAGAGACUUCGUGGCCCCCCUUGGCUAAAGGCAGUACAAAGUGCUUUACUAAGUUGUGCAUAUGGAGUUCUUGACUAUGCUCAAACUGGCCUAAUUGCGGCAGUGUUUUUCUUUAAAAUGAUGGAAUGGUGGUACCAGUCAGCAGAAGAAAGGAUGUCAGCUCCUACUGUUUAUCCACCCCCACCUCCUCCUCCACCUCCAAAGGUUGCGAAAGAGGGAAUUCCACUACCUACAGACAGAACACUGUGUCCUUUGUGCUCACAAAAGCGUGCAAAUCCCUCAGUUGUGGCAGUUUCAGGAUUAGUCUUCUGCUAUUCCUGCAUUUUCCGAUAUGUCUCUCAGUAUAAUCGCUGCCCUGUGACAUUAAUGCCUGCAACUGUGGAUCAUAUCAGAAGACUAUUUCAUGAUGUUUAAUUUAAUUUCUGCCCAGGAUCACAAGGGAUGAAUAAUAUAGGAAACUAUGCUCUAAAAUGAGAUUAUAAGUGAGACUUUUUUAGCAAGGCCCAAAUCAUGGCAUUGCCUUGCAGCAAAGUAUAGUUGAGCGUAUUCUACUUUUGCACAAUUGUUAUAGUUCAAACUUUAGAAUGCAAAUAAUCACAAAAAAGUAAUUUAUUCGCA